AUGGCUUCUCAAAACGGUACCGCGAGCAAUGACUUCACUGUCAAGGUCGGCCUCGCGCAGAUGUUGAAGGGUGGCGUGAUCAUGGAUGUUGUGAACGCAGAGCAGGCCCGCAUUGCCGAAGAAGCAGGUGCCGCCGCCGUCAUGGCCCUUGAGCGGGUCCCCGCCGAUAUCCGAGUGCAGGGCGGUGUUGCUCGGAUGUCAGACCCUAGCAUGAUCAAGGGCAUCAUGGAGGCUGUGACCAUCCCUGUCAUGGCCAAGGCCCGUAUCGGACACUUCGUGGAAUGCCAGAUCCUGGAAGCCAUUGGCGUCGACUACAUUGACGAAUCCGAGGUCUUGACCCCCGCCGACGAUGUUUACCACGUCACGAAGUCCGCCUUCAAGGCUCCCUUCGUCUGCGGCUGCCGCAACCUCGGCGAAGCCCUGCGCCGCAUUUCCGAAGGCGCCGCCAUGAUCCGCACCAAGGGCGAAGCCGGCACCGGCGACGUCGUCGAGGCCGUCAAGCACAUGCGCACCGUGAACGCACAGAUUGCCCGCGCGCGCGGAAUCCUGCAAUCCAGUCUGGACCCUGAGCCUGAGCUGCGCGCUUUCGCCCGAGAACUGGAGGCCCCCUACGAGCUCCUCCGCCAGGCUGCUGAGCUGGGUCGUCUGCCCGUGGUCAACUUUGCUGCCGGUGGUGUUGCCACUCCCGCUGAUGCGGCGCUGAUGAUGCAGCUGGGUUGCGACGGUGUCUUCGUUGGAUCGGGUAUUUUCAAGUCGGGCGAUGCGAAGAAGCGGGCGCAGGCUAUCGUGCAGGCUGUGACCCACUACAAGGACCCUAAGAUACUUGCUCAGGUGAGCGAGGGGCUGGGGGAGGCCAUGGUUGGUAUUAAUGUGCAGAAGAUGGAUGAGGGCGACAAGCUCGCUAAGCGCGGGUGGUAG